AUGAGCGUAAUAAAAAGACUUCGAUGCGCUUUCCGGACGGGAUGUAACAAAAUAAAUAUUGCCGUACGCGGCCAAGUCCAGACGAACGAUGCUCCAACAGCUCUCAAGCAAGACUCGAUCCCAUCACAAGCACCCUCCUGUAGGGAUCGACCUCGCCCCCUCAAGCGAAAAGGGAAGGCGAGCAAUCCCCAGGUAUUUACGAUACAUCACUAUGCGGAUGGCCAAUCCGAUGGUUUCGAACAGUCGGCGAAUAGCGCUGAGAAGGUGUCCAAUCGCAGGAGCCCUUCCUUAGAGCGGUAUAUAGCCAUUCGAAACGUGGGGAGAGGUGGGAAUGGUGAGGUGCACCUCUGCCGUGACUCUGAACAGGGUACGCAUGUGGCCGUCAAGACAAUUUGGCAUGACGAUCCAGCACCCCCCAACGAAGUUGUGAUUUUGGAGAUGCUCGGACCCCAUGAAAACAUCGUAAGGUACCAUACGAUGAUGAGGGACACAGAUGAUAAUGGCGCCAUGCAGCUCGUCUUCGAAUACUGUCCAAUGGGCGACCUGGUCGACUAUGUGAACGACCUGCCAGCACCCACACUCGAAGAGACUUUCAUCUGGCACAUCUUCACGCAUGUCACGAACGGGUUACACUACAUGCACCGUCAAGGAUUCAUCCACGGAGACAUCAAAUCAGCCAACAUAUUGCUGACAACUCCACGUCAGGGAGUACGGUACCCGCAUCCAAAGAUCGCCGACUUUGGCACUGCCUCCUAUCUCCCUCUCCGCACUAUUCCAAACGGCCAUCUUGGAACGCGCGGUUACCAGGCUCCUGAGUGGGAGCAUCGAUUCGGACCGGAGGCAGACAUCUGGGCUCUCGGCUGCAUUCUCCACGAGAUGGCUCAUGGCAAGGCACCUGUCCGCUCAAUAGAGGAGCCUAAUUCAUCGGCCGCCCUCUGGUUCCACAUGAGUGGCAAGCGUAUCCCACCUAACACCCCGUACGAGCUUCAAUACCAGGAGAUGUGCUUCUUCACCGCCUUCCACAUCCCAUCGCCCAUCCGCAUCGACCGUCCCUGCCGCCACGGCGCAGUAAUCUACAGCAGACUCUUGAACUAUUUCAUGAUGCGCUGUCUAGACUUCGACCCAGAUACACGCAUCUCAGCGAUGGAGUUGUGGCAACUCCUUCCCAGGCUCGACGCCGUUGUGCACAACAUUUUCUUCAGCGGACAAGAGCACUUGCUUGACCAGUUCGAUGACGGUCAUGAUGCGAACUGGAAGGCGGUGAAGAACGUGAGGGAUUCUGGGGUGUUGAAGGCUGUGUUUUGUGCGCUUGCGACGGCCUCGGAUGAGGAGUGGUGCGAGCAGAGUUUUGGGUGGGGGAUGCAUUUGCUGGAUCUCAUGGAGCCGUUGGAUCGGGUGGCUGCUUGCCAUUAUGUUGGGCGGUCUGAAUGA